UCUCGCAUUUUUAACAUUUUUUGUUGCAGAAUUUUUGUAAUAAAUCAAGGAGACAACAACACCUUCAAUAGAGCUGCGGUUUUCAAUGCUGGAUAUAUUGAAGCAAUUAAAUAUUUUGAUUGGAGCUGUUUUGUAUUCCAUGAUGUGGAUUUGUUACCAGAAGACGACAGGAAUCUAUAUCGAUGUGGAGAAACUCCCAAACAUUUGUCGUCUGCAUAUGGAAAAUUUAAUUAUAAGUUGCCCUACCCGAACUUUAUGGGAGGAGUUGUUGCUUUCUCUAAACACCAAUUUGAGAAAGUAAACGGGUUUUCAAACCAGUUUUGGGGCUGGGGAGGGGAAGAUGAUGACCUAGCGCUGCGAGUCAGAACUGCCGGAUUCUCUACACAUCGCAAUUUAACUGUAGGGAAGUAUACAAUGUUUAAGCAUAAAGUAGAUGAGACGAAUCCUCCGAACCCGGAGAGAGUAAAAUACCUUGCUCACAAAUCGUUGAGUAACAUUCGGAAGGACGGACUCAAGAACAUCAAUUACACACUGGUAGCAGAGGAUAACCCAACCCUAUACACCAAUAUUACAGUUCAAUUAGCCUUUCCAAUACCAAUACCAGAUACACCAUAACCAUCCAACCUAUAUCAAUACCAGAUACACCAUAACAAUCCAACCUAUAUCAAUAUCAGAUACACCAUAACCAUCCAACCUAUAUCAAUA